UACUAAACUUAUUUAUUUAUUUAUUUAUUUAUUUAUUGUUGGAUUAGGAAUAUGAGAAGAAAAUAAAUAGAUAUUGAUCAAAUUUUUUUGUUUGUUUUAUUCAUAAAAAAAAAAAAAAAAUAGUAUUUCAUUCCCUUGACAAAUCCGAAUCCAAGGAUGGCAUGGGGAUUAGUAAGCCUGUUCACCCUGACUUUGCAAGGGACAUGUUGUUUUCAGGUAGGGACAUGGACAUGUCAAUUUUAGGUUCUGAGUCACAAAGUUGUCGCAUGCUUAGAUUUUUACGACUCAAUUAUUGAACUGUGAUAAUCUUAAACACGUAUGUAAUACAUUCUGUUUUCAUCUUUCCUUAAAACAGUGAUGGCAGAUUGGAGUAGUGAUUUAGAAUGUUACAAUAAUUUAGAAAUCAGUGAUAGCUACCAGAAUGAGAGAUUGAAUUCUUUAUAAUUCAGUUGCUUUCUUUGCUUCAACAGUUGCAGCAGCAGGAGAAAGAAAGAGGACAAGAGUACAAUGAUAUUUUGCAUCAUAUGCUAAACAUUUUCUAUUCAUUUGAGUACUUCAUUGAGUUGAGUGAGGUUUGGUGAUUGAUAUAUUCAUUACGGCCUAUUUGAAGCUAGACGUUGCUAAUUUAUAAACAAAAUUUAAAAACGUGCGUCUCUCAAUAAUCAAUGUUUAUUAAAUUUAUUAGGAAAUUGUUUGACAUAUAAUCUCAAAAAAAAAAAAAAAAUCAUAAGCAGCACCACCGAUAUUUUGCCUAAAAUUUGAUCUGAUUUGAUUUUUGAUCAACACGACCACAUCAUCAGUUGCAAAAUUUCCAUCCACUUUUUGAGGCUGAACACAAACGUGGAAGAAAAAUUACAAAAAAAAAAGAAAAAUUAUACAUCACCCAAAAGUGUAAAUAGUUUUCAAACAUAAAUUUCUUUAUUAACUGAAUAGCAAACAUAUAAACAAAUCAUUUCUAUUUCUUUUUAUUUUAUUUUCUUUAAUCUAUUUUUUAUGGAAAAUAUUUUUUUACCGUAUUUUUUACAAGAAAAUGUUGAUUUUGAUAAGAAAAUGUUGGGUGUCAACUAGAAAGAGCAUCAUUUAUGUGGCAAGUUCAAGAUUCUUGACAAUCAGUCCAAUUUUUGGCAUCCAAAUUCCAGCUAAAAUGUCUUAUUGUUCAACAUUGUUAGGGACAAUCAGAGUCCUAAUGACACACACAAUCUCCUAGUAAUAACCGCCAAUCUGGAAAAAUAUAACCGUUAUUUUUAACCACAAUUUGAACUUUGGGAUCAUCACCUCUGUUCCACAAUCCCAACCUGUCUGACCAAAUCAUAUCUUUUAACUCCCAACUUCCACAACAAACAAUCCACAUUUUGUAUCACCCAAAAUGAAUCAAAUCUCUUUCUGGGUACUCUUCAUUUCACUCUUUCUCUUCAUCCAAACAACAAAAUCAGAUGAGGAAGAAGCCAAGACCUCUCUGCUCAAUUUCUACAUAAAACUCUCAAACACCAAUAACCCACCUGACCCUGUUUUAGGCUGGAAUUCAAGCUCCUAUCCCUGCAAAGAUCACUGGAAUGGCGUUAGCUGCAAUAACCGGACUCUCUCUGUUCGGAAAAUCCACCUCGACGGCCUAAAUUUCGCUGGAACAUUCGAUGCAUCCACUCUCUGCGACGCUCCAUCUCUCGUUGCAUCUCUCACUUCACUGAGCCUCAAUGACAACCACCUCGGCGGGGAGAACCUUGACCGGAUUGAAAAUUGCAAGCAACUCACUCAAUUCCAUAUAGGCGGUAACAGAUUCUCCGGCACCCUACCGGAGUCUCUUUCCGGGCUAAACAACCUGAAAUCACUCAACCUUUCACGGAACAACUUCUCUGGAAAUUUGCCUGAAUUGGAUCGGAUAUCGGGUCUUCAACAGUUGUUUGUUCAGUACAAUCAAUUCACUGGACUCAUACCCAAUUUCAAUUUUCCAAACUUUCUCGAAUUCAAUGUCUCCUUCAAUAAUUUCACCGGCCCAAUUCCCAAUGGGGGAAGUCUUUUUCCGGCGAGCAGUUUCGCCGGAAACCCUGAAUUAUGUGGUAAUCCAUUGCCAAAUCAAUGCCCAAAGAAACCCAACAGACACCAGUUUCUCAUCUAUUCAGGCUACUGCGUCAUAGGAUUGACUGUUUUAGUUGUCAUCAUACUCAAGAUUUGUAAAAGAAACAAGAAAAAAGAAGAAAAAGUAAUUGAUGGAGGAGCUAACAGGGUAACUUCAAUUGAUGACAGUUUGUACACCAAAUCCAUUGUCAACUCAGGGGAGUACAAAACAGGGUCUUUGGAAAAAUCAGAAAUUUCGGCUAAUAGUGGCGGUGGCGGUGGGAUCGAUUCGUCGUCACUGAUAGUGCUGACGAGUCCGGAGGUGAAUGGGUUGAAAUUUGAUGAUUUGUUGAAGGCUCCGGCGGAGUUGGUGGGGAGAGGGAGGCAGGGAACAGUGUAUAAGGUGGUGUGUGAGAAUGGGAUGAGUUUGGUAGUGAAGAGGAUUAGGAAUUGGAGCAUUUUGGGGAAUGAGUUCAAGCAGAGGAUGAGGAGGUUGGAUCAAGUUAAGCAUCCAAAUGUAUUGUCAGCUGUUGCCUUCUACUCUUCUGAACAAGAGAAGCUUUUGGUGUAUCAGUAUCAGCAGAAUGGAAGCCUCUUCAAGCUUCUCAAUGGAACCCAAGCCUUGGACUGGAGCAGCAGACUUUGGAUUGCAGCAACCAUAACCAAUGCCUUAGCUUUCAUGCACCAAGAUCUCCAUCAAGAUGGCAUUCCUCAUGGCAACCUCAAAUCCUCAAACAUCUUGCUAUACAACAACAUGGAACCAUGCAUUAGCGAGUAUGGUCUAAUGCAAAUGAACAAUGAAGCUCAGUCAUCUCUUGCCAAUUUCAACACCAAUGCUUUCAAAGCAGACAUCUAUGGCCUUGGUGUGAUUCUUCUCGAGCUACUAACCGGAAAGAUGGUUCAGACCAAUGGGUUGGACUUAGCCAAAUGGGUUCUCUCUGUGGUUCGAGAAGAGUGGACUGUUGAAGUGUUUGACAAAACCCUAAUUGAAGAAGGUGCGAGCGAAGAGAGGAUGCUGAAUUUGCUGCAGAUAGCUGUGAAAUGCGUUAAUCGAUCACCGGAGGCAAGACCUAGCGUAAACCAAGUUGCAUAUAUGAUCAAUGCUAUCAAAGAGGAGGAAGAGAGAUCCAUAGUUUCUGAACCAUGAUUAAAAAACAUGCAAAGAAUUGAGAGCAACCACAAAUGUACAAAGAAUUUUCACAUAAUGAGAUAUAAAUGUGAGACAAAUGAUUGGUCUUACAUAUUGUGAAA